CCCACCCUGCCGCGUUCGCGUCUUCGCACGUAUAUAAAGUCAAGUCACACCGGUAUGUCCGUACAAUUACGUCAGAUUACGAAUAAUACGUGUUAGUCAUGAAGCUCGCGGUGGUUUGCCUGUUCGCUCUCAUUUCUGUCGUCUACGUUUACGCAGACAACGAGAGUGGAUACACGACUAAAUUUGACAACAUAGAUCUAGAUCAAAUUCUUAGAAAUGACCGAUUGUUGAAGCGAUAUGUCGAUUGCGUGCUGGACAAGCCCAAUGUUCGGUGUCCCGCUGAAGCCAUUGAACUGAAGAAAUACAUAAACGAUGCUCUAGAAACCGAAUGUGAGAAAUGUUCGGAUCGCCAGAGACAGGGCGUCAGAAAGGUGAUAAAAUUCCUAGUGCUAAAUAAGCCAGACACAUGGAACGACCUGAAGGCGAAAUACGAUCCGGAAGGAACUUACGUGAAGAAGUAUGAGGACAUGGCCAAGCAGGAAGGCGUUCAGGAGGCGUACACUACGAAAUUCGACAAUGUCGACGUGGACGCGAUAAUAAACAACGAGAGGCUGUUAAACGGAUACGUGGGUUGCCUGCUCGAACGGAACCCCUGCACCCCGGACGCGGGGGAACUCAAAAAGAAUCUGCCGGACGCGUUGGAGCACGAUUGCGCCGGAUGUAGCGAGGCGCAGAAAAACGCGGCCGACAGGAUCUCUCAUCAUCUGAUCGACAAUAAGCCGGACGACUGGAAAUUGUUGGAAGACAAAUUCGACCCUACCGGGGCGUACCGACGGCGCUACCUGGAGAACAAGUCCAAGGAAGGGGGCCAACUCGACUAAAGGUCGUUCUGCGCGCCGUAAGGACCGUAAUGCCGACCUCUAAUGGCGACCUCGGCUCUAUCCUCCGGAUUUGAUUGCUCACCUUGUAAUCCUUGUCACACGCGGCGGUGUUUUACUUUACGUAACGAUUACGUAACGGAAAACCCUGUUGCAUUCCAUCUUCUUUCGGAGCAUGGAAGUUUCCAUGUAUGUACACACAUUGAGACGGGAUAUUUAAAAAAAAAUCCAACAAAAACAAAACGUCUGAGUUUUACGCUGCAUUUUCGCACUAACGCGUCAUGCCGUAGAUUUGAUUUAAUCCUCCGGUUAGAGGCGUACGUGCCUGGACAUUUAAAUGUGCACUUACUGCACUGAUUUAUCAGACUUACUGACUUUUAAAGACGAAUAUUUUAUUCAACGAAACCAGCUAAUAUCCUUGAACAGACGAGCCGUUUUUCACAACAGGUUUUUCUGCAACGACUUACGUUUAGAUUGGCAAAUAACAAGUAAUAAAAAUUUAUCAGCAAUGUAUAUAAAAGAGACUUACCAGAAUGUAUUUUAAUAUCGAGAAUACAAGGGCAAGGAUUCAUUCCAGUCGUUCACGAAAAUGAUUUGACUAAAAGUGACGUAGUAAUUAGAAUAUUAGAAUAAUAAUGUUUUAUUACGCACAUAAGGGGAAGUAACGUACGAAAAAGCACAGAGAGAGGAGAGAGAGAGAGAAGCGUUGAAAAGGAUUCAUUGCAAAUAACCAUAAUUCUGCACGUAGAAAUUUACUAGGUGAAACAAUCUCGAUACAAUUAUGCAUAACGAUGAAGAAACAAUUACCUCUAACUCUAUGUUGAAAUAUCUACAGCAAUAAAUUGACAAGGAAGAUAAAAAACAGCGAGCGUUAUGCACAAACCUCUACUUUUGCAACGACCUGGUCGAUAGCUUCAACGUACUAUAAUUUGCCUUUAAAUUAAUUUGUACUCUUUUUAAUUACAAAAAUUAUAUUGUACAAUAUCAUUCCUCGUCGUUAUACAAAAAAUAUAUAUGUAUACAUCAUAUAUCUUGUUAUUUUAAUUGCUCUUUUGAUUUCUUCACCUAUUUUUUCUUAUAUGAAUUUCGUUUAAGUUUAUAUGCUGCUAUUCUAUAACAUUUACUGUAAACAUUGUGAUGAAAUAAACACAAGCUGCAUCCAA